AUGUCUGUGUCAGAGUAUGCUGAGAAAUUUGAGGACAUGGCUGAUUACUCACGACAGGCUGUUUAUGCUCCUGAUGAUUUAUGGAAGAUUGAUCAAUUCUUGAUGGGUUUGAGGGCCGACAUUUCUCAUAGUGUGUCCCAGAGAGAGUUUACUACAUAUGCUGAAUGUUUGAGGCAAUGUUAUGUUACAGAGAACAGUUUGAAGAGGGUUCCAGAAGAGAGGAACCAGAACAAAACCAAUUUCAGGGAACAGGGAAAAUCUGCUCAACACCUAAAGCCCCGUAAACUUCCAUCCAAGAAGAAGCAAAGUUAUGGUGACCACUCUAAUUAUCCUCCUCGGUGUGAUAAGUGCAAGAGAAGACACCAUGGUGAAUGCAAGCCAUUUUCAGUUACUUACUACGAGUGUGGGGAGCCCGGCCAUGUUAUUAAGAAUUGUCCAAAGAAGAAAACUCAGGAGAAGACUGCAGGGCGUGUCUAUACUUUAGAUGCGAAGAAGGCCAAAGGAAACAACAACCUCAUUGCGGGUACGUGUUAUGUAAACAACCAACCUUUAUGUGUUUUAGUUGAUUGUGGAGCUACUCAUUCUUUUAUCUCUACCGAGUGUGUUUACUGA